AUUUGAUUUCUACUUAGACAAUCCAUAAAUGUAAACAUUGCAAGUAACACAAAAUAAAUCUGAAAUAAUUGCAAUAGAGAUCUGUGGCUAGUUAUGUGACAUGAGUAUGAUCGAUAAAAGGUUUUAAUAGUUUUGUAACCACAUGAAAUCCUCCUGUUGGUUAAUUGAGAAACUUUCCUGUUUGGAACUUCAGUACUGACUCAUAUCACAUAGUUAAUCAUUCAUGCGUAAACUAUUGCUUUCAAUACACAUAUCGAGGUUUUCAACUAUGAACGUUAAGAAGCCUCCGAUUUCUGCUAUUGAAGUGCGAUCACUGCCUUCUAAAGCAGUGUUUAGGUCGAAGAAGACUGAGGUUUUACAAAGUAAUUCAUCUCAGUUAUCUAUGGAUGGCGUCGUCAACUUAGAAGUAGGCAACUCAAAAACUGAAAAUUCUACAGCCAACAGAGUCGACACAGAAUUUGUGACUAAAAUGUCACACGAACAUAGUUCUUUACUGUCGAAAUGGAAACCUAUUACCAAAAAGAAAUACAUUUUACCGAAAAAUCUAUUGAAAAAGGUAACUACUAUCAUACACAUGGUAUAUACUACUAACGGAAAUAUAAGUUUUAAUCAGGUCGUGGACACACACUCGGAAACCAAUAAACUGACUAGCUCAAAAGUUGCGAGAAAAACUAGUAAGAACUGUUUUGAUAAACAAGUAAUUGAAAGGGAAACUAAGACAAAACCGUUGAGCAAAAAAACUUCGAAAAUGACAGAUGUUCAAGAUGAGCAAGAAAACACGCAUUCUAAAUCGAAAUUAAAAAAAUCUGUGGUCAACACUCAGAAGUAUACUGUAAAAGGUCAGAAGAAUGACACGAAAUCCACCAACAAUGAAAAAACAAUUAAAAAUGAAAACAGUCAUAAGUCAAUUCAACAGGGACAUUCUGUGGAACAAAACAGUCAAUCAAUGGUGAAAGUCAAAAGUUUGGCUGCACCAUACAAAACAUCCUCGCGAGAUAUGCACAAUAAAACAGACAAAGAUGAUGAAACAUACCGUCUGGUAAAUGUAAAUGCAAGGGACAAGAAAAGGAAAGAUUUAAAUGUAGAAAAGAAAUCGGAAAACAAUUCUACAGAAGAUAAGAAAAAGAAGAAUGGUAAACCUACAAGCAAAAUUAAUACACAUGAUGUCAAGGGACAUAAGCUAAAAGAAGAAAAGAUCCCUAAUACAGUUUCACUAACGAAAUCGGAGCAUGAUGUAGACCGGGAAAAGGGGGAUAACAAAAGAAUGUUGGGAAACGGUAUUAAAUCAGCAAAACCAUUAGAAAGUCACAUUACAGAUGAUAUUGACGAUGAUUUCUUGCCAAUGAUAUCAACUGAUGUUUUACAAAGUGAUAUCAAUAAUGAGGAUUUUGGACCAUACAACUUAGAAGAUCUCUUUAAAGGUAUUUUGGAUAACAAAUAUGAGAAAUGGAAGAAAAGAGACAAUAGACAAGCAAAGAAGAAAGCAAGAAACUACCAUGACGACAAAAAAGAACGAAGAAAACCUCCAAACUACUUUGUUUCCAUACAGAUAACAAAUCCAGAGAUCACGAGAGGUAUUCGAGAUGUUCAGACCGGCAUGUGUAAAUCCAAUGAGAGUUUGAAGAAGGCUAUGAUUCCAAUUCCAACUCUUCAUCUUACACUAAGAGUUGCCUGUUUAGAAAGUGACGAAGAGAUUUCAAGAAUGAUAAAAGCAUUAGACCAGUGUGUUGAAACAUUCAACAAAGACAGCAAAGAAAUGAUUACCUUAGAUGUAAAAGAUAUUGAAAGUUUUCGGAAUGAAGUAGUGUUUGCCAAUCUACAGAAAGAUGAGUGUCUAUCGAAAGUAAUCAAACUCUCUGAUAUCCUUGAGGAAUGUUGUCAGAACAACGAUGUACCUACAUCUGAUGGAAAAGGCUUCACACCACACAUAACUAUAGCCAAACUAACAAAAUUGCCAUUUAAAUUGAAGAAAAAGGUAAAGAAAAUUGACCCAUCAACAUACAGAAGCUAUCAGAAUAAUCAGUUCGGUAAACAACUAGUUACAUGCUUGCAGUUAUGUUCUAUGUACAAACCAAAGGAUAGGGCAGGAUAUUACCAUGUCUCACAUCUUACUCCAAUGUUAAAGUAUAGACAGUACAGUACCUAUUCAAGAGAUAAAUAUACUAUUGCUGAUGCUGCUCACAUUCUGGUCACAACAAUCAUCUCAGAAACAAUUCUUGGUUUGAAUAGAAAUUUGAAUGAUGCAUUAAAUGAAAAGAAGACUUGUCAUAAUGAUUCAAAUGGAAAUAAACCUGCAAGGUUGAAUCAGUUCAACAUAUGACAUGUGAUUUUUUCAAGGUUGAAUCCUAUCGAAACAAUCCUGCUAAAGUUGAAUUCAGUUACGAUAAAACAAUAAUAAUAUAUCAAUCAAAUAUCAGACAAUUGAUGUAAACUCAAGUAAAGACUCAAUGCAUAAGGUGGUAUCAAGUCAAAAAUGGAUUGUACAGCUGGAUAACUUAAGAGAAAUAAGGAUAAGUUAAGCUAUAUAAGGGAUAUGAAUUUUAUACCAAACUAUGAAUAUGUGUCAAGGUGAUUCUAGUUAAAAUGUAAGCUGAUUGUUGGAUUAGGUCAUAAUAGGUACUGAUAUAUUUGAAAACAAUGUCCAUAAGAUAACUCAUUGUUUUUUUAUGUUUGACUCAUUGGUUGUUAAACGUUACAAAGUGUUUGGUCUAUUUUUAGUUCAAAAGACACAUUAUUUCAGAGCCUAAUGUUUCUUAAAACGUCGGUAUCACUAUAUAUAGAUUAUACAUAUACAUUCUACCAUUACUUUUAUUUUGUUAUUCGAAUAUGAUUGUACAUGAAAUGUUAUUAUUCGAAUGUGAUUGUACGUGAAAACAAAGGAUAUUAUUUGGAUAUUAUUAAGUCUCGCUCCAAUGUUACAUAAGUUUAAUGUUCAUACACAAACCAAAGAAUGGGGCAGGAUAUUACCAUGUCUCGCAUCUCACUCCAUUGUUACGAAAUUUGCAUGUUCCAUAAACAACCAAAAGAUAGGACAGAAUAUUACCAUGUCUCGUCUGUCAGAUGUCCAUUGUCCUAACCUUUCAUCGUUCAGUGACUGCUUGAAAAAGUAUGAUUUUUUGUCAUGUGAAAUACUCACUUACAAGUAAUUGGAUAACUAUAUUUGGUAUAGGGCUUCCUUGCAAGGUUUCCUCUCUGUAAGAUAGGGUUCACCUAACCCUAAACUCAUUUUAUUGAUCAGUGAUCAAGGUUGAGUUUAUGUGGUCAAGUCUGUAUCUCAGAUACUAUAAGUAACAGGUCAAUUAUAUCAAUACAAUACAAUAUAAUUUAUUAACUAAUCAAAUCAUGUUUAGCAUUGUUAUUUUUUUUUCAUGUACAGAUCUUUAAAAUGUAGUUAUACUUUUCUGAUCUUUAAAUUUACCGAUUGUGUCUGAUUCCCGAUUUUGAUAUUUUGAAAAAAGUCGAUUCACAUGGUGGGUGAUGCAUGCAGAACAAAAGGCCUUUACCAUAUCGACGCAGUCAGUUUUUGUAUUUUCACCUUUAUUUGUAUCUGCUUUAUGUAUUUAUGCGAUUUAAACAUGAGAGAACUACUGUUGCCUCUCAUUUUAGAUUUCUAAGGAGAGAAAAGAUACCACGGGGCCAUCAAAAACCAUAAGUCCAAGAAGAAAAGACAACACCAUGGCCACAAAAAAUACAACAAAAAGACCAGCAUCAACAUCAGAACUUUACACAAAAUCUCAAAGAUUGAGGAACAAACACCUUAACGAUAACCAGGAAGACCUCAAGUGCUCUGAAGGAAUAAGGAGUUCCUAAUCCAGUUGUGACAACAGUCUUUUUAUUCUUGUAAAAAUACUUUAAUGAUUAAAAAAAGAGGCAAAACAGGCAAUCAAACUUCUAAAGUCGGCAAGAAACUUAUUUUGAUUAUAAAUGGACUUAGUGUUUUGAAGUAAACAUUUAGAUACAGUCUGGGUAAAAGUUUUUUUUAGACACAAAUAGCUUUUUUUACUAUUAAGAAAUGACAUCUAAUCUUU